UUAUAAUUUCAGAUGAAAUCAAUACUACUAAUUGGCUUCUUUGUACAUUUGUUAAUGAUGAGUAAAGCGGACUACAGCACAAAACAUGCAAGACACAGCAAUAUCCGUAACACACACGAAAGACGAGGGCGACAAAAUUACUGGCAACCAACAAAUUAUAGAACUUACGAGCCCAAUUAUCAACAUUACUAUCCCGGAUUUAACAACGCUAACCGACAAGAAGCACUAACAGCAGAAAUCAUAAACUUACUCCGUGAAUUAAAAGAUUUAUCAGCACAGAGGCAAAGGCAAAACUACCAACCAAUCUACGUACCAUAUCCUAUACCAAUGUCUAUUCCUUUAUCUAGUCACGAGAAACCAAAAGUUGUAACAAACAAACCGAUACCAGCGUUCCCUAGUAGAAUUAAUUUCCCUGAUGACGAAAAGGAAUACAUGAGACCAAUAAUGUUGAAGCCAGUGACGGAAGCGCCCUUUACAACAACCACUAGGAAGACAAGUGACUCUGAAAGUGCUAUUGUAUUCAGAGUUGAAAGUCAGAACGAUAUCAGGGAACCUUCAAAGUGCGAGGCUGCUAUUUUAGUUUGCUGUAGGUUCUCACAGGCGGUUCAAGUAAAGACGUGUUUCUCUGAAUAUGGUUGUAGUAAAACGUAUUCUACAAAACUUGCAUGCGAGAAAAAAGCUAUACAAACUGUUAUUCAAAGAUUCGCCGACUCAUUUGGACCAAAAUAAUUUAAUAAUAUCUUAAAUAUUAAUGGAAAUGAGAUACGCAACAAGUUGAUACGUAAUGUGAGAAUAGAAAAACAAUUUUUGAUUAUAAACAUUUUAAAUUACGUCAAAAAGGACAAUGAGAAAUUUUAAAAGAAAUUGAAAAGGAGAGACAGUUGGAAAAAGUAACGACAAAAAUAUAAUACAAAAAAAGAUAAAGUCAAAGAUGUGCCUGAAGUCAACCAACCUGCACUAGGCCAGUGUAGUUGACUGAGGUUUACCCCUAAAAUAUUAGGGUAGGUUUGACUGCCUUGUUAGGAACGUGUAUGAACUCGCAACGAGAUGUAUUACAUUGAUGUAUGUACAUAUAUGGAUGGCGAUGCGAUUAGUUUGAAGGAGAUUGGAAAUACCCACGUUUUAUUUAUCCAACGAUUCCACAAGAGGAAAAAUAUUCAACGGUUGAAGUCGCUUAACACGUGUUAAAUAUUUAUAAUAUAAAUUGCUGCGUAGAUUUUUAGACGCAAUACGAAGAUAAUAUGUAAUGUAAUUUUAUAGUAUCAGUUAAACGUCAUCAGUUUAAUGUGGGUUUACACUGCUGAAAUACCUUUUUCAAAAACAGGGAUAACAAUGUUUUUGAACAGAUGUUCAUGCAUUAGAAAGUCAGCGUGUAAUGAUGACGUAUCAUUAACCAAUAUUUUAACGAAAGGCAAAAUUUUAUCGAUCGAUCGAAAUUAGUGUUGUGUGGCGGCACUACUGCUUACUUCACAUUACCACCAGUGAUGUCACGCAGAGAGCUUACUAAAAGUAGACAACUCAUAUCUUUAAAGUAAAUAAAUAAAAGUUUUAUGCAAUAUUUCAA